GCGCCUUAGCUGCCGCUCCUUCUGCUCCCAUAUCCUGGCUGGGCAGGAGAGCUCAGCCUCCGGCGCUGGGCGAGCGGCAGUUCAUGCGGAGAAGAACUCGCUCCCUUACUCCACUUUGCUGCCCCGGUCACAACAGUAGCAGCGCACAGCCAUGAUUUCUGCACGGCGAUACAGUCUCUGCAGCCUGGUCCUCUUCUUGUGCCUAGCGGCCGGUCAAGAGCUUCAGGCUUCCCAGAACUGCAUGACAAAACAGCAACUCCUGGCUACCAUCCGCCAACUGCAGCAGUUUCUCAAAGGCCAGGAAACACGGUUUGUUGAGGGAUUACGCAUCAUGAAACACCGACUCACAACUCUGCAGAACACUGUGACUAAAGCUAUCCCAGCCCCACAAACUGUCUUCUGUCCUAGAUUGGAAGCUCCAGUGAAUGGCAAGAAAUUUGGCACGAAAAAUUUGGUGGAUCAUGAAGUCCAUUUUACCUGUGAUCCUGGAUUUCAGCUUGUUGGUUCCAAUUCUCGAGUGUGUCAGCCAAAUGGCAGCUGGACUGGAGAAGUUCCACACUGCAAAGAUAUUGGUCUGUGCUCAAAUCAGUGCCGGAAUGGAGGAACAUGUACAGAGACAGGUGACCAGGUUCAAUGCAUUUGUUCACAGGGAUGGAUGGGCCCCAAUUGCCAGUAUCAAACCCAGACAGUACCUCCAGCAUGGAGCAUAACCAAUGACCCAGCUUUUAGUCGCAAGCCACGCUGUGCCAAAUUAGAUCGAAUGCAACACUGCAGCUGUGAAGCGGGCUUCCAUAUGAGUGGCACUACAGAAAACAGUAUUUGCCAGGAUGUCAAUGAAUGUGAAAUUUACAAGCUGGAGGGAGUCCCUCGUCUGUGUAUGCAUGCUUGCAUCAACACUCCUGGCUCGUACCAUUGCUCCUGCCCCCCUGGAUACAAGCUCUUCAGUGAUGGGAAAAACUGUGAAGAUAUAGAUGAAUGUGCACUCUCAUUGCACAGCUGCAUUAGGGGAACAACAUGCAUUAACAUCGGAGGAAGCUUUCAGUGUGUCAAGCCAGAGUGUCCCCAGACUGGUGGAAAUGUCAGCUAUGUGAAAACAUCACCCUUUCAAUGUGAACGGAAUCCGUGUCCCAUGGACAGCAGAUCAUGCUAUCAAGCCCCCAAGACGAUCUCCUUCCAUUAUCUCCCUCUGCCAUCCAAUCUUGCCACUCCCACUCCUCUCUUCCGCAUGGCAACUGCUUCGGCCCCUGGACGACCAGGUCCUGACAGUUUGCGGUUUGGAAUUAUAGGGGGAAACAGCCGAGGGCAUUUUGUGAUGCAACGUUCGGACAGACAGACUGGAGAACUCAUGCUGGUACAAAGGCUACAAGGGCCUCAGACCAUAACAGUGGAGGUUGAGAUGUCCGAGUAUCUGGAUCGUACCUUCCAAGCGAAACAUGUUUCCAAAAUUACCAUCUUUGUAUCAGUUUAUGAGUUUUAAAGAAAGUUGGUUCAGCAUGGGAGGAAAAACCAUUUUUCAUCAGGAACUUUUGUUUGGUUUCACCAUUGGCUCCCAUGUCAAAGACUCCAGAAUUAAAAAUGGCAUCAAGCAUGGCUUGGCUUUCUCACCUGAAUUAACAUUGCCCACUUCUUUUCAGCAUUACUGGCAUGUAGCCUUUCUGCUUCUAUCCUAACACACCUUUAGAUGACCCAAAGCCCUUGAAAGAAGGGGAGAGUGGCAGUGUAACCUAUCUAUCAAUUAUUGUUGCUCCACCCACACUAGCUUCAUCCUGCCCUUUGUGAGCCAAUACAGCAUAUUGUACAUAUAGAUAGCCAGUUUUUAACAAGACUACCUGCAUUCCAGAAGACUCUAAGAAAGGAGAAUAUAGGAUCCCUCUGUGGACAAUGUACCAAAGCAACUAUAUUAUAACUAUACAACAGUAAAAGAGGUCAUUCCUAUUUUGUAAUAUUGCUAUAUAACAUUAAAUGUUGAUUUGUUGGAAAACAGAUGCCUAUCGAUGGAUAAAUCAUGGAGGUAAAUCUGAUUUUUAUCAGACUUCUUUUCUAAUAAAUGCAUGUUGGACUAGGGCAGGGGUGAAAUCUACUUACCUUCCUCAUCAGUUUGGAAGUACACAUGCCACGCACACUGUUUGUUUUGCAUGUGUGUGCGCACAUCACAUGUGCGUGCAGACCUUCUGCACAUGCACAAAACCUUCCUGAUUAAAAUCAGGAAGUAAUGACACCUGGGCGGGUGGGCGGAGCUUUGCUCCGCCAUUGCUACUGGAUUGCCGAAUCACUGGCCACGAUCGCUACCAGAUUGCGAGAUCCAGUCAGAACUGGGAGCAUUUCAUCCCUGGACUAGAGCAAUAUUUCUCAACCUUGGCAACUCUAAGAUGUCUGGACUUCAAUGUCCAAAAUUGUCCAGCCAGCAUCUUAAAGUUGUCCAGAUAGUGAAAUAGUGGACUAGGUUGCACAUUUCCCUAACAGAAGUGUUGUACUUCAGGAUUAUAAAGCUUGGAAGAAAUUAAUAUCUGCCACAAAUUCAAUGCUGUAUUCCAGAACUCAAAUCGAUAAUUUCUGUUUCUAUCUCUGAAAGAACAACUUUCAGCAAAGUUAGGGAAAAACAUUUUUUCUGCCUGGAUGAUGUACUUCAUUUAAUGCCAUUUAAUAUUACAGCAUCAUAAAAAGUAUUUUACACUAUUUUUUGUAAUUCAGUAACAUUUAUUUGGCAUGAGUUUUGCUUUUCUUUGUUAGCCAAGAAAUUUAGCAGUAUAAGAACAUGUUUGUGACUCCACCAGAAAUAUUAUUUUGCUCUACUGGAAUGAAAAUAUUAUUUCCUUUCAAAUAUUUUCUUUGGGCAAAGAAAUGUAGGGCAAAAGGCACUUUAAUUAAACACAUUUUUUUGUAUUUUUCAGUGAAUGUUUUAGAUUUUUAAAAAAACUUUAGAUAUACCUCUUGGAACUGGAUCACAGAAACCUAUCUAUUUAGUCAAAUUUGUCUUGUGUAUUUAGUCUCCAGGCUGGCUUUUUUGUGCAUGAAUAAAAAAAAAGAUUCUCCAUAACUUCCAAUUAACAACUUCAGUAAAUGUUAAAAGUCUUUAAAUAUAUAAAGCCAUAUAAAUAUAUAAUCAGCUUUCAAGUUACAAUUGAAAUAGCAGGCUGAUGAAAAUAAAAUCACAAUGGAGCUACCACUGACAAUUAGAUAGGAAAGCAAAUCUGGGCAAAAAAAAAAAAAUUAAGUGAUCAAUGUUUGUUUUAGCUGUUUUAUCUCCCUCCACUUCCUUUAUGGAAAGCUAUCUCAAGACAUUUACAUCACUAAGGGCUGAACUGGAAGCCCACAAAACUAAGGGAACCUCAAUGCUCCCAAAGAUAUACCUGCCUAUAUAAGCUUCCACAGAACAGUGGUUCCCAUCAUGGUGCAAGCCAAAUCUUACAAAGCAGCCACCAUUUCUUUCAAAAGGAAUGGCUUAAGAUAGUGAAGCUAGCUGAUUUCCUACUACAAGUCAAAUUCUGAUACCAUAUGCAUGUGUAUGAGUGUUUGUCUAUAUGACACAAAAGGGCAAAGUGAAUUGCCUCUACAUGUAUAUGGCCAUGAAAUGAGGAUUCAGCAAAGAACAGGUACAUACAUCCUUGAACACAAAGAUCUAUUUCUGCUCCUCACUACAAUUGAAAGGCAGAUGUCCCAAGCCCCCUCUGUUCAAAACCCUCUGGAUCUUAACAUCCUAAUCCUACUGGUUGCUUUGUUAGUUGUUACUGCCAUCACUUGUCUUCCAGAAGUAUCUCACUUGGUAUCC